AGCCGCGGCGCCCGGCGCUUAAAGGGCCGGGAAUGGGGGGCGCCACCGCCGCCUAGUCCGCUCUGCGUCCGCUGAGACGCCGCCGCUGCCGCGCUGUCGUCGCGGCGUCCCCGCCCGUCCUCUCACCGCACCGCCUCCGGAGCCGGCCAGCCGGGCCCGGAGCCAGGACCGCGUCCCCACCAUGCCGGCGCGGCGGCUGCUGCUGUUCCUGGCGCUGCUGCUGCCCAGCCCUGGGAUAUUUGGAAGUACCAGCACAGUGACACUUCCUGAAACGUUGUUGUUUGUCUCGACCCUGGAUGGAAGUUUGCAUGCUGUCAGCAAGAGGACAGGCUCGAUCAAGUGGACUUUAAAGGAAGAUCCAGUCCUUCAGGUCCCAACACAUGUGGAAGAGCCUGCAUUCCUCCCAGAUCCUAAUGAUGGCAGCCUGUAUACACUUGGAGGCAAGAAUAACGAAGGCCUGACCAAACUUCCCUUUACCAUCCCGGAGUUGGUGCAGGCCUCCCCAUGCCGGAGUUCAGAUGGAAUCCUCUACAUGGGUAAAAAGCAGGACAUCUGGUACGUCAUUGAUCUCCUGACUGGGGAGAAGCAGCAGACUUUGUCGUCAGCCUUUGCAGACAGUCUCUGCCCAUCAACCUCACUGCUGUAUCUUGGGCGAACAGAGUACACCAUCACCAUGUAUGACACCAAAACCAGAGAGCUCCGGUGGAACGCCACCUAUUUUGACUAUGCAGCCUCACUGCCUGAAGAUGACAUGGACUACAAGAUGUCCCACUUUGUGUCCAAUGGCGAUGGACUGGUGGUGACUGUCGACAGCGAAUCUGGAGACGUCUUAUGGAUCCAAAACUAUGGCUCCCCAGUGGUGGCCUUUUACGUGUGGCAGCGGGAGGGUCUGAGGAAAGUGAUGCACAUCAACGUGGCCGUGGAGACCCUGCGCUACCUGACCUUCAUGUCUGGGGAGGUGGGGCGCAUCACAAAGUGGAAAUACCCAUUCCCCAAGGAGACGGAGGCCAAGAGCAAGCUGACGCCUACUCUGUAUGUUGGGAAGUACUCUACCAGCCUCUAUGCCUCCCCAUCAAUGGUGCACGAAGGGGUUGCCGUUGUGCCCCGAGGCAGCACUCUCCCUCUGCUGGAAGGGCCAAAGACUGAUGGUGUGACCAUUGGGGACAAAGGGGAGUGUGUGAUCACGCCCAGCACAGACCUCAAGUUUGACCCUGGACUCAAAGGGAAAAACAAACUCAACUACUUGAGGAAUUACUGGCUUCUGAUAGGGCACCAUGAAACCCCACUGUCUGCCUCUACCAAGAUGCUGGAGAGAUUCCCCAACAAUCUGCCCAAACAUCGGGAAAAUGUGAUACCUGCUGAGUCUGAGAAAAAGAGCUUUGAGGAAGUCAUCAACUUGGUUGACCAGACUUCAAAGAACACACCCAGCACCGUGUCUCAGGAUGUGGAGGAGAAGCUGGCUCGGGCUCCUGCCAAGGCCGAGGCCCCUGUGGACUCCAUGCUCAAGGACAUGGCCACCAUCAUCCUGAGCACCUUCCUGCUGAUCGGCUGGGUGGCCUUCAUCAUCACCUACCCGCUGAGUAUGCAUCAGCAGCGGCGGCUCCAGCACCAGCAGUUCCAGAAGGAGCUGGAGAAGAUCCAGCUCCUGCAACAGCAGCAGCUGCCCUUCCAGCCUCCUGGAGAUGCGACUCAGGACACUGAGCUGCUGGACACUUCCAGCCGAUACUCGGAGAGCUCGGGCACCAGCAGCCCCAACACGUCCCCCAGAGCUUCCAACCAUUCUCUCCACUCUGGCAGCUCUGCCUCCAGGGCCGGGGCCAGCCCCUCGCUGGAGCCAGACGAUGACGAUGAGGAAACCAGCAUGGUGAUUGUCGGGAAGAUUUCAUUCUGUCCCAAGGACGUCCUGGGCCAUGGAGCUGAGGGCACAAUUGUGUACCGGGGCAUGUUUGACAACCGCGAUGUGGCCGUGAAGAGGAUUCUACCUGAGUGUUUCAGCUUUGCCGACCGCGAGGUACAGCUGCUGCGGGAGUCCGACGAACAUCCGAACGUGAUCCGUUACUUCUGUACGGAGAGGGACCGGCAGUUCCAAUACAUUGCCAUCGAGCUGUGCGCAGCCACCCUGCAGGAGUACGUGGAGCAGAAGGACUUCUUCCACCUUGGCCUGGAGCCCAUCACCUUGCUCCAGCAGACCACCUCGGGCCUGGCCCACCUCCACUCCCUCAACAUUGUUCACAGAGACCUGAAGCCACACAACAUUCUCCUCUCCAUGCCCAAUGCACAUGGCAGGAUUAAGGCCAUGAUCUCUGACUUUGGCCUCUGCAAGAAGCUGGCCGUGGGCAGGCACAGCUUCAGCCGCCGUUCUGGGGUGCCUGGCACAGAAGGCUGGAUUGCCCCGGAGAUGCUGAGUGAAGACUGCAAGGAGAACCCCACCUACACGGUGGACAUCUUCUCUGCGGGCUGCGUCUUUUACUACGUCAUCUCUGAAGGCAGCCACCCUUUUGGCAAGUCCCUGCAGCGGCAAGCCAACAUCCUCCUGGGCGCCUAUAACCUCGACUGCUUCCACCCAGAGAAGCACGAAGAUGUCAUUGCGCGGGAACUGAUAGAGAAGAUGAUUGCGAUGGACCCUCAGAAGCGGCCCUCUGCAAAGCACGUGCUGAAACACCCAUUCUUCUGGAGCCUGGAGAAGCAGCUGCAGUUCUUUCAGGAUGUGAGUGACCGCAUAGAAAAGGAAUCCCUGGACGGCCCGAUAGUGCGGCAGUUAGAGAAAGGCGGGCGAGCCGUGGUGAAGAUGGACUGGCGGGAGAACAUCACUGUCCCUCUGCAGACAGAUCUACGUAAAUUCAGAACCUAUAAAGGUGGCUCCAUUAGAGACCUCCUCCGAGCCAUGAGAAAUAAGAAGCACCACUACCGGGAGCUCCCUGUGGAGGUGCGAGAGACGCUGGGCUCCCUCCCUGAUGACUUUGUGCGCUACUUCACAUCUCGCUUCCCCCACCUCCUCUCACACACCUACCGGGCCAUGGAACUGUGCAGCCAGGAGAGACUCUUCCAGCCUUACUAUUGCCACGAGCCCCUGGAGCCCCAGCCUCCGAUGACACCUGACGCCCUCUGAGUCAGGCCGCCCCCUUCGCUUGGUGGCUGCAGUCAUGACUCCACAGUCCAGGGGAACCAGGCUUCCCAAACCAAGUGCCUUGAGCUGCCCACUCUGCAGCCAUAGAGAAGACCACAGGCCCCAGCGCUCAAAGAGUAGGCCACUUGUGCUGUCAGCCCCAAAAGCUUCACCGCAGGGGAUGUGUGACAGGAGGCCUGUGCUGGAGGCCACUGAAGGAGCACCCACCAACCUUCUACUGGACAGACUCACUUCAACU